AAAAAGGAAACCCUAAACAUAUUUGCAAAUCAUAGAACAAUAGUUAGCAUGGCGGGUUGGCUAGGGAGACGGCGCCAGCGACAACGUCGUAAAAAAACUAGACACCGCAAAACUAAACGAGCAAAGGAUGUUCGUGGAGAUUUCAUCAGCUCCAUGCCAGAUGAGAUCCUUCACCAUAUUCUCUCCUUUACCGUCACCAUCUCAGCCAUCAGAACUUCUGCCUUGUCGAGACGAUGGAGGCAUUUAUGGCGCGAGUUAACUUCUCUCUACAUCCAUGACUUUGGACCACAGGCUCGAGGGAUAAACCAAAUCCUAACUCACUACACAGCUCCCAAAAUCAUGUCCUUCCAUCUUGGUAUCUACAAUGAUAAUCACUCUACUGCUCAGAUUAAUAGCUGGAUCGAGUUCGCUAUGUCCCGCAGAGUCCAGGAUCUGUCUUUGACCUUCUUUAAUCACAGGAAGUAUACUUUUCCAGAUUUUUUUAAUCUUAGUUCUUCUAUAGAGCAACUAAGCGUAAAAUUAAGGGAUAGACAUAUGAUUCCGGGAGCCACAGUGUCAUGGGAAUCGCUAAGGAACUUGUCACUGCGCAGAUGUCGUAUUCGAGAUGAAUCCAUUGUAAAGAUUAUUUCUGGCUGUCCAAAGCUUGAAUUCUUGGCAUUGUAUUACUGCGCUCUAUUUAAUUGUCUUGACCUGAGUAAGUCACUGAGUCUGACAAGAUUGGAAAUGAAGCACCACCCUUGGCUGUCACGAUCAACUAAGAUUAUAGCUCCAAACAUCCAUUAUUUGAGAUUGAAAACUUCAGACACAUGUAAUUUAGUGGACGUCUCUUCUUUAACUGAGGCUUACCUUGAUAUUGGCAUUGAUGGAAACUUUUCUUUCUCGGUUGAUUAUCUUCUGACCAUGGUGUUAAAGAUGAUAGCAAAAUUGCAGAAUGUAGAGAGACUUACUGUUAGUAAAACAGUUCUUCAGAUUCUGUCUGUUGCUGAGAUCCGACGUUUUCCUUUCCGAGUGCUCAGAGUCCAAACUUUGAUUGUUAAAAUAAAGUUUGUUCGAUCUGCUAUUCCUGGUACUGCAUGGUUACUACAAAAUUCACCCGGCUUAAAGAAGCUUAUAGUACACACAACGGACAAAGGCAGAAUGAUGGAUGAUAAAUAUGUUGGCAGCUAUCUGAAUUCACAAGGCUUGAAAUUGGAUAAAUACUGGAGAUUGAAAUACGGUGCUUUUCCUACCUCAUGUGAGACGUAUUCGAUGCGUUCUAAAGAUUCAACGUGGAAACUAUUGGCUUCGUUCAUAGAAUGUCUGCUGAGAAACACAAAGAUGCUAGAGACACUGGUUGUAUGGUUGGGAGGUUCUGACUUCAAUGCAAAAUGGUUUAAAGGGCUGCUCCGGAUGGUUCCAACACUUUCUGACAACACUAAUGUCUCCAUUAUGCUGAAACUAAGCAAUUGCUAAGUAUUUGCAUCCGUGUUCUAUUUAACCGGUUAUCUUUUACAGCACUUUGUAAUGAAAUUAUUUUUAUUGUAUAUGAAUUUCUGAGUGAAAGUUUCACAGUUGACUCUUCGGAUGUUCUAUCGUUUUUUUUUUU